UCCGUUGAAAGACCGCUGCGACGGCAGCGGCGGCGGUGCGGGAAAAAAAAGUAGCCCAAGAUACCUGCUUGCCUACCUAAUUUUUUUUUCUUAUAGGUACCUCGUACUAUUCCCGUCUGCCGCGUGUUCCCGCCGGUCAGGUGGGGCGUGUACAAACAGGUUUGCGCGAUCUCGUCCAUCCACGUCGGACUGGUUACCUACCGACAGUCUUGUUCUUGGAAGAUCGCGUCGCGCGCGUCCACUCGUCGACGAACACCGAUAUUUAUAAUUUAAAAUAUUUUUAUUUUUUUACUUCGCGUUUUGUUUACCGAAAAACGGUUUUUUCGAUUUUGAUAUCCCGAGUAAACGUUUGUAGUUUGUGAAUUUUUCGUUUCGUUUUGUUUUUAUUUAUUUAUUUUUUGUUUUUGUUUUUUUUAUACGCAAAUCACACCUGUUAUAAUAUCAUCAAACCACCGUCAGUUGGAUAUCGUCUGCAGACUUCGACGAAAAAGGUGUCGCGGGAACCAUCAUGUUGGAAACCGUAGCAGAGAAGAAAAUUCCGCCGCCGCUGCCGCCCAAGACCCGACGCGGUUGUCUGAAAACAGGCGUCGAGAGCGGCUGUGGCGGCGGUGCGACCAUCUUGCAGUCCAACGGUCACGUCGUGAAGAUCCGAAUAGACCCGAUGAUGGUCGACGGGGUCGGCGGCGGUGGCGGCGGCGUUGACCGCGCCGAACGGGACGACGGGCCACGCCGCGAGCACUCGGUGGGCCGCCGGUCCAGUACGGUCAAGAUAAACAUCACUUGCGUGGACCCGUUCGUGUUCCGUCGGCACUACACCGACGUGGACGACGACGAUGACGACGACGACGACGACAGGCGCUCGUCGUCGGGACACCGGUCGCCGCUGGACAGCGGCACGGGCAGCGACCUGGACACGGGCAGCCGCCGGGAUGAGAGCGACGACGGGACGUGCAGUUGCGAUUCGCUGACGAGCAGCACGGCAGAUCCCGAGACGGCCGUGAUGACGGUCGAUUCAGCGCCGGGACGCGGGGCCGUCGUAGCUAUCGGCGGCGGUGCCGUCGUACCGGUCGCGUCGUCCGAUCCCGUGGCCGACGAACCGCCGGCGGUGCAGACGUGUACGGCGGCCGGUGUCGUGGCCACCGCCAUCGUCGCGACGGUCGUCGAAGAGCUGCCGAAACGUUCGACGCCGCCGGCCGUCCACGUCCAACAGCGGUGCUACAACGACGCGUCCGCGGUGGCCGCCACCGACCGCGUCAUCGACAUGGACAACACCGACCAGUACUACAGUUUUCACAUGAACGAGAACGUGUUCGACGAAGUGGACGCGGCUGCAGUGGCCGCCGCCGCCGCGCCGUCGGACGACACGUUCGCGGGGUGCAAGACCGCAGCCACCUCGGACACGAUACGCAGCGCCAAGGGCACGAUCAGGGGCGUCAAGAACCGCGUCAGGGCCGGAAUAGCGACGUUUUUGCAGCCCAAGACCAACAAGACAUGGCAGGAAAAAGAAGCCGGCAAAGUGGUGUUGUACACGACCACCAUGGGCAUAGUCAGGGACACGUACCAGCGGUGCCUUCAGGUCAGGCAAAUACUGAGGACUCAUCUGGUCAAGUACGUGGAGAGAGACGUCUUCAUGAGCCGAGAAGUGCAGAAGGAGAUCCGAGAACGUCUCGGCGGCGACACCAUUUCAGUGCCGCAGCUGUUUGUCGAAGGGAAUCUCAUCGGAGAUGCAGCAGCCGUAGACAGACUGAACGAAUCUGGGGAACUCCGAUCGAUUUUAAAACCAUUUAAGAGUCCGGACGCCUGUACGACGUGCCAAGUUUGCGGGGGCUACAGGCUACUCCCUUGUCCGAUGUGCAACGGUAGCAAGAAAUCCGUGCACAGGAAUCACUUUACCACCGAAAUGAUCGCCCUCAAGUGUAUGAACUGUGACGAAGUGGGAUUAGUGCAAUGCUAUGCUUGUUGAAUGACAACCACGCAUAAUAUUAUACACAUAGUAUAUUAUUAUUAUAUUAUUAAUUAUUAUUAUUAUUAUUAUUUUGUUUAAUUGAUUAUGCAAUGUGUAUCGUUAUUAUAUCAUACCGAUUAUGAUUUGUAUUGUAUAGGCUUACAUAUUAUUAUUGAUGUGUUUAAUAAUUAUUGCCGUUACAGUAGUUUAAAUUUUAUAAUAUAAUAUAAUAAGUUAUGUAUGUAUACAAUACGCUUAUAGGUACCUACCUGUACAUAAUAGUAUAAUAUGAUAUUAAUCGAUUUACCUACUGCUAUCUAUUUUUUUUUUUUUUUUUUGACAAUGUCAGUAUUAUUUUUAAAAUUUUCAUUUUUUCUGAAGUAGAUAUUCAGAUGGCUCCCUUGCACAGUAACUAACGCACACUUACCGAAUUUGUUUUUAUUCGAUAAUAAUUUAAUAAUACAUAUACAUAUUAUAUAUAUAUAUAUAAUUUACCAAUGAAACAGUACAAGAAAAUUAUAUGAUAAUAUUUCACCACGACAUCCAUAUACUAUAUAAUAUUGAUAUAUAAGAAUCAAUUGUUUAGCAGCGUACCCGCGUACAGUAUGAUAUGUGUAGGAACCUUAUAUAGACUACAGCUGUUAUGUUUAUGAGAAAACGAUAAUUUAUAAUGGCCAGCUGUACCUAUAUAACGUUAGCUGAUGUACAUGUUUCUGGAAUGUAUAGUUUACAAUAAUAUAAUAUUAAACUUCUUUAAAAUCAAGUUUCUAUACAAUAUUCUAUUUACACAAGUUUACGAUAUUACACUAAAAUGACAUUUGUUUAAAUAUUUUAUUUUAUGUUUGCCGAGUGCGAAUUGUAUAAAGCAGUAAUAUAAUAGGUGUUACGCGUUGUUCUGAGAUAAUAUACGCUAGAACAAAAUUGGAUAUUCUAAUAGUUAAAAAAUAAUACACAGCAUAUUAUUAUCUAUAUUUAUUGCCUACUAUAAAUAAAAAUUUAAAACUUAAUACUUAUUUUCGUACUCAUCAUGAUAUAUAGGUGAUAUACGCUAGGUAUAAAAUUUGAUUUUAAUAGCAUGUAUUUAAAACGUAUGUUCAAUUUUAUUUGAAAAUUCAAUGUUAUAUUCAACAAGAUUUUUCAUUUAAUUUCCUUAUUUUGACAUGCGGUUAUAAAUUUUAUUAUAAAUUAUAAUUGUUUGGGAAAAAAUGUUUAUUAUUUUAUUUAUUAAAUUUUAUACUUAUAUUAUACACUAUGUUGUUUUUACACUAAAUACCAAAAUGCUCAAUAUUGUACUUUAUUUUUAUUGAAUAUGUUAUUCUAAUUAAUCUCCAAUGUAUAAGUAGAAAUAUAAACAGUUAUUAUAUUAUUUACAUAUUAUGUAUAACUGAAGUAGAUUAAAUUGCAUCAAUUUUGUAUCAUUAUUAAAAUAGUUGAUUUAUUUUUUUAUUUCAAAAUUAUAAUUUUUUCGUUUGUUUGCUUUCUUGUAUUUAUCUUUUAAUAAAAGCAGCAAUAAGUGAUGAAUAAGUAAUUUAAUAAAAUAAAUUACAUUUAAGAGAAAUA